AUGGCGCUUAACGUCUUCGGACGGUUGUCUCGCUUUCUCAGGGCGACCAUCAUUCCCGCCGGUUUGGUCUUCUCGUUCUCUAUACUUCUUACGUUUCUCUUCAUUCUCUACAAACCCGGAUUCGGUCCUGGAGGGAUUCAACGCGUUGGAUGGCAGUCGUGGGAGCCUAUCUUUGAGUCAAGCGCUCUAUCUACCGGCAGUAGUGCCGGCGCCGGGUCUGUCGACGAGACCAUCGGGGACGACUGGGACGUAGACUGGUGGAACGUGACGAGACCUGGAGACGCCGCGGACACUGCAAGUCUUCCUUUAGAUGUCUGGUCUCCUCUAUUACAGCAUGAUACUGGUCUGUCCGAGAUAUCCAUUGAACGAUGCAUGUGGUCUUCCAGCAUGAUAGACCUUUGUUCGCCCCAUUCAUCCGAAGACGACGACGCAGUGAAGGGGAAAUGGGUCAGAGUCGACCGCGAUCUGAACUUACAGGCUGGCAUGUGGCACCUAUUUAUAUACUACCGUCGCACGCGUCGCGUCGACGUUCCACUCAUUACCAACCUCGCGUUGCUUCCUGCGAAUUCGCCCGAGCCAAAGCCUUCUUCAAGCGCGCAUACCUGGAAGAGAGUCGACCGCUCAGUGCGCGAUGGCGUCAUGCGUGCACCCUCUCUCUUCUUAUGGUACGAAGUCGGGCCGACUUUACGGGAUGUCGGUGCAGAUGGCAAGGCAAACCUCAUCACCGAGUUAGACCUCCUCUACGGUGACGGUCCGGCGUGGUACGGGUUCGAUAAGCUGGAUAGCGCGCCGACCAUGGAGGCGUCAUCUGGUCCUGGCCGUUCAAACGUAUGGCUUACCUACCGUCGCGGGGUUCAGCCUGCGCCGAAAGCAGGACCGCUUCACAUGACGCGCGAUGGUCGCUUCAAGAUCAUGCAAGUUGCCGACUUACACUUCUCCAUCUCAAGUGGCGCCUGCCGCGAUCCUUCGGAGCCAUGUCCCGGCGGCGCCUACAACUACACGUCUUCGCUUCUCGGGCGUACUCUUGACGAGGAAAAGCCUGACCUCGUCGUGUUCACUGGUGACCAGCUGAACGGCCAAGGAACUGUGCUUGACGCGAAGUCGGUGCUAGCCAAGUUCGCGCGCGAAGUGGCGAGUCGCCAGGUUCCGUGGACUGUCGUCUUUGGCAACCACGAUGACGAGGACGCGAGGGAGACGGGGUGGCGGAGUGAUCAGGUCAAGUUGAUGCAGGGCCUUCCGUACUCGCUAGUGCAAGCUGGGCCGGCAGACAUACACGGCGUUGGAAACUAUGUGCUCAAAGUGCUUAGCGCCGAUGCGAGUCGCACCCAAGUCCUCACCCUUUACUUCCUCGAUUCUGGCUCAUAUGCAAAGGGCAUAACGGACUGGUUCGGCUUCUGGUCUCCAACCGAGUACGACUGGAUCCACCAAGACCAGAUCAACUGGUUCCUUCAAGAAUCGGCUGCGAUCUCACCGAUCGAGCGCCCCUUCGUCCCGGACGGCUCAAAGGACCUUGGCGGCGUCUGGGCCGAACCCCGCGACGCGUCCCCCUCCCCGCAGCAAGUCGCCCCCUCCCAGCGCAAGCUCGCCAAACCGAAUGGCUUGAUGUUCUUCCACAUCCCUCUACCCGAGGCGUAUGAUAAAGCGGACGUAGAUCCGGCCAGCGGGCGCCCGCUCGACGUUGGCGUAUCUGGGCUCGAGGGCAAGGGAUCCGCGAGCAAGAACGACGGGUUGCUCAAGAAGGGCCUGCUUGCUGCGACGGAAAGCGACCAUCGUGGUGCAGGGUCUGCGCCUGAGGUGAAGGUCGUUGGUAAUGGGCAUUGCCACAUUACGGAGAACUGCAGGAGGAUAUCUGGAGUCUGGAUGUGCUUCGGUGGUGGCGGAUCAUACGAAGGCUACGGCAAAGUCGGAUUCGACCGCCGUUUCCGCAUAUACGACAUCUCAGAUUACGGCGAGACCAUCCGCACGUACAAGGUUCUGGAGUCUGGAGAGCGGAUCGACGAGAUGGUUCUUGCGGGCAAAGGCGCGCCUGCGUACGACUGGUAG